ACUAGGACAGUGUUUCCCAAAGUGUGGUAUGCAUACCCCCAGGGGUACAGGAAGAGUUUGGUGGGGGUACGCGUUGCACCGGAGUUUAGUGGGGAUCACAUGGAAUAUCCACUGCACCGUGCUUAGCUGCGCCCACAGAACAAAGAAAGAAAUAGGCGCGUAUCACAGUUUUUACAUGGGAACUGGGGCCAUCAUACAUCGUAUCGCAACUCAUUAUGACGGGAACUUCUGCGCAUCCUUCGCGCAGCUCUGGUUCGGCCAUUUUUAAACUGCGGGAACAUUAACAGUUAAUGUUGAGCCUCGGAGCUGUUUAAAAGCCGGAGAAUUGCAGUGUUAUCAACAGUUAGACAAUCUUGUGAGGCGUGACAUGGCAUGAAUAUACUGCACUUCGUUAUAGAGACAACUUACUUCUUUAAUAGUUAGUUCCGGGCGCCUGUUAUCGCUUUAGUAAGUUCCACUGAUUUUGAUUCUUUUUAUAAAAUACAGUUUUUAUCCCUAACAGAGAUUAUGGAUCGCUGGUUGAAAUCUGGAACUACUAAACCGAAAGAAAGUAAUGAUUGUAAUAGCAAUCAACGAACAGGAAAUAAUGAAAUUAACGACGAAUCAAUUUCAAUUCUGAAAGAACCUGUUAAAAAAAAAGCAAGGAAAACUCGCAAGUACGACAAAGAAUAUCUUAAAUUUGGAUUCUCAUGGACUGGAGAUGAAAAUGAGCCUAUUCCACUUUGUGUCAUUUGUUUUGAAAAUCUAACAAAUGAAAGCAUGAAACCAUCCAACUUAAAGCGCCAUUUUGAGACAAACCAUAAUCAGUACAAAGAUAAACCCAUAGAUUUUUUUGAAAAUAAACUUAAGGGUUUAAAUCAGUCUCAAAAAGUAAUGCAGGGUUUGACGGGAGGUGACAAUCAAAAAAUACUAGAAGCUUCGUAUCGCGUGUCACUUUUAAUUGCCAAAUGUAGUGCAGCGGAAACCAUUGGCAAAAUUUUAAUCAAGCCUGCAGCCAAGAUAAUGGCAGAAGUAAUGAUAGGAGAUAGAGCGAAACAAACUUUUGACCGCAUUCCUCUCUCAAAUAAUACAGUUCAUCAACAAAUCAUUGAUAUGUCUAAUAAUGUAAAACAGAUGUUAUUAUCUGAUAUUUCUCAAAGUCGUUAUUAUGCAUUGCAAGUCGAUGAGUCCACCGACAUUGCGAAUUUUGCAAAUCUUAUGGCGUUUGUUAGAUACAAAAAAAAUCAAGAAAUUCAUGACAACUUUUUAUUUUGCCAGCCUUUAUUAGGUCACACAACAGGAGAAGAUAUCUUUAAUGUUAUGAAUACAUUUAUGCAAGAGAACAAAAUUGAUUGGAAUAGAUGUGUUGGAAUAAGCACAGAUGGAGCAAAAAGUAUGGUCGGAAUUAAUAAAGGACUCAUUGCAAGAAUUCAAAAUGUUGCUCCAAAUGUCAUAUCCACACAUUGUUGCAUACACAGAGAGGCUUUGGCAACACGUAAGAUGCCCGCUGAUCUACAGAAAGUUCUGGAGGAAAGCGUGAAAAUCAUUAACUACAUUAAAAGCCGCCCUUUGAAUGCACGACUUUUUUUGCAAAUAUGUGAAGAAAUGGGAAGUAGUCAUACCCAGCUGCUUUUUCAUAUCGAUGUUCGUUGGCUAUCUCGGGGAAAAAUUCUAAACCGAUUGUUCGAACUUAGACAUGAACUUCAAUGCUUUCUUAAUGAUAGAUUUGAGUUGAGAAAUUAUUUACAUGACUGGAAAUGGCUUUGUAAACUAGCAUACUUAGCAGAUAUAUUCUCUGUUUUAAAUUGCCUCAACUUAUCGUUACAAGGCAAAGAAAUUUCAUUGUUUCACGUUCAAGAUAAAGUGAACGCUACCAUCACAAAACUAAAUUUAUGGCAAAAGAGAGUUGGUAAUGGAGAAGUAGACUCGUUUCCCUCUCUUCAUGAGUUUAUAACAAGUUUGGCUACUAAAAUUGAGGCUGAUACUUUGAAAUGCAUAAUACAGCAUUUGGAGAAUUUGCAAGUUGGCUUGAAAAACUAUUUCCCUGAUUUAAACGAAAAUAUUGAAUGGAUAAGAUAUCCGUUCAACAUUAACACAACAUCCAUGCCAGAAGGUUUGUUGAAUGCGGAAGAAGAGCAAUUGUUGGAGUUAGCUUUCUUGAGAAAUAAACAUAAGGAGUGUACAAAUGCAACAUGUGUAUCCGGUUUUAACAGAAAAAGUCCUGAAAUACAUCUUGCCUUUUCCAACUUCAUAUUUAUGCGAAGUUGCUUUUUCUGCAUUUGUAGACAUUAA